CCUUGUGGCGCGUUGAAAGCGCCGAUUGGCGAAGCGGCGUGCAGCAGGAGCCGCUGUGAUUAGGCUGGUUGCCGGAUCAGAUGGUCUCUGCAUCGCAGGGGGUGGGGGGAAGCAUCUCUUUGUCAUCCUGUCAUUUGCGGCCAGCACCUCUCUGCGCACAGGCUGCGAUCGGUGAUAAACGUGCUCUCACACGCCAUGUGAGCGUAGAGCAGCGGCAGCUUCGCCUCCAGCUCCUCUGCCUGCUGUUCAGUCGGCCGCUGCUUGCCUCUCUUCGCCUCUCCUCCUCUCUCCGCCGCCGUGCUGGAUUGUUCUGUGUCUAACAAAGCCCGGUCUCAGGCUGCUCGCAGACAGCUGCUCUCGGAACUCGGUGGCUUCGGGUUGAAUGGUGGUGCUCCAGUGGCUCAGCAAAUGCAGAAAAGGGAGCAAAGUUUCGGUAUACAAAUGCUCACUGUCCAGCCGGACGCAAAGCCAAAAGGCUGUGCCGGCUGCAACCGGAAGAUCAAGGACCGCUACCUGCUGAAGGCUCUUGAUAAAUAUUGGCAUGAGGAUUGCCUGAAGUGUGCCUGCUGUGACUGCAGGCUGGGCGAGGUGGGCUCCACGCUCUACACCAAAGCCAACCUCAUCCUGUGCCGGAGAGACUACCUCCGGUUGUUUGGUGUAACAGGAAACUGCGCAGCCUGCAGCAAGCUGAUUCCAGCCUUCGAGAUGGUAAUGAGGGCAAAAGAAAAUGUCUAUCACCUGGACUGCUUUGCAUGCCAGCUCUGCAAUCAAAGGUUUUGUGUGGGAGACAAAUUUUUCCUGAAGAACAACAUGAUUCUCUGCCAGACUGAUUAUGAGGAGGGGCUGAUGAAGGAGGGCUAUGCUCCACAAGUCCGCUGAUUGUCCAAUCAGAAGAGGAGGAAGAGCAGAAGUGAAAUGAAGAGACUGAAGGAGAGCAUGCAAUCACACAACAAAAUGCACUAUUGCCUCCUGUCCAGGUUCUGUACCCAACAUGUACAUAAACUGGGACUUACUCUACUGUACAGAAUGGCCACAAAGACAAUGUGGCAAAAAAAAAAAAAAAAAAAAAAGGCUGGUGUAAAUUCACAUAUUUGUAUAUUUCAUUAUUUCUCUCUGACGGAUGCUGGCUCUCUUUACCUGACAAAGAAUAAACUAACUUUGCCCUGAGA